AUGAAGGUACACCGAUAUGAAAUUCACCGCUGUAAUCUGAAGCCGAGUACACCAACAGGUGUAUUCAUUUGUACUGAGGGUACAUCUCAUCGACGCAAAGCACUUCUGCGCCAGAUCGCUGCAGGGGCAGCAUGGGGUCUGGCCAGUCGACUUCGGGUGGACCCUCGUGGCUCGCAACCUUCCUGAGUACUCCUCAUACGUGGGCAUGGCUCCACAUCGACCCCAUUGACGCCCUACUCGCCAACAUAAUGCGCCUCGAAGUUGGCGACCUACUCCAUGACCUGGUAGUGGACGACGCCAUGGAUGACAUCCAAGACGACCUCAUGGACGAAGACACGGCAGGCUCCUCAUCAGAUGAAGAGGACGGCCCCAACAUGCUGGAAUACGAGCCAGAGGAGGAGUUAGACCAAAGGGAUGUCGAAUUGCACGAUUUUAUCGGACAAGAAAUGACACGAGCUGCGCGCAUGUUCAGGCUGAAGCUUUUGGUGGUGUGCGUUCUGAUGUGCACGAACCUCGGGAAAGACUUUUCCCAAGAUCCCAACCCCUCUUUCUCGGACCUGAUGGGCUGGACGAGGCCUAAAAAGGAAGUGGACCCGUCUCCUUUUUAUACGUCGCGAAUACCGCGUCUUUUUGGGACUUUAGAGCCGAUGGGAGAUCUGUCGCAAUAUUUCCCAGACUUAGUGUGCAAACCGGAGUACCCGGUGUUGUUUGGGUAUCCGCCGAUCGUAUGCUAUGAAGUGAAUUCGACGACCGACCCCUUGUAUAAUGGCACAGCUUCAACCGGAAAUUCUUCUUUUCUGAAAACCUAUGAUGAGCCAAUAUCGGAUUAUAUUCCACCUGCCAUCGAGCCAUUCCGUCGCCGCAUGUCUCACGCAAAGAAUCAACCGAGGAAGAGACUGAUAGUGGUGCAUGUUCAUGCCACCUAUCGUAGAAAUACCACGCGUCAUGUGAAAGAUGAACAUCUCCACUUAUAGCAUAUGUUAAAUAAGUGAGAAAGUACCCUUUGGAAGUUAAUGGCUACCACUGGGUUCACAUCUUAAACUAAAAACUACUGUCUUGUCCAUUCCUCAACUAAAAUUUUCCAUAAUAAACUUACAGCUAACCUACCCUAUUACUAUUCAUAUUAAAAAUCUGUACACGUAAUCCACGCAACUACUAACCGAUUUUUUAAUGUAUGAACUAAAUACGUCAUGAUGAACUAAUGCGUACAACUGGCUGGUACUAAUCUUGUUGAUCUCUAUACAUAUAUAUCAUGAUGAAUUAUGUAUCACGUAAUUACAAGUUAACAUAACCUAUGGUUGUUAGUUAACAUAACCUAUUGUUACUAGAUAUUCAACAGAACGUAAGACUUCUAACAGAUAACACUUUUUCCAUUAUAUGGAAACAUUCUAUCAAUGACUGAAAUAAUAUGCUUUUUGUUAAACAUCUCAUCAGUGUACUAAACUCUAUUUGUCGAUAAGUUUCAUGUUUGAGUUCCCGUAAGUUUUAGAUCUAAAAAUAACCAGGUGUUAAACCAAGAAAGGAACCACAUACCAAUGUAACUAAAAGAAACGCAAGUGAAUAAUAUGUAAUAUCUACCAAAUAAACC